CGUAGAGGGCGUAGAGGAAAAUUAGGAACGAAGAGCGAAUAAUCCACAACAAGUUAUAACUAAAGACGUUUUUAUCAGUUGAGUUUACCAUGGAAUAGUGUAAUGUAUGCUUGAAUCUUCACAAUUCUGUAUUCCAAUAACUUUUGAAGAUGUAUUCUGGGUGGGCUUCGUUGCAAGAGGCGAUCGAAUCGGACCAAAGCAACCACAGUGUUCUCCAUACAUUUCCCGAAACUGUGGGGAGAGAUGUGGCCGUAUCUGUUGUGAAGCAGUUAGCCGCAAGUACGGCGUCGCUGGCAGCUCUCCAGCAGAGGGGGGAUGGGUCUUCCGCCUGUAAUCCGCUGGAAUCGGAAAAACAAGUGGAGUGGACUAUGGAGGUUAUUUGCUAUGGGCUGAGCCUUCCCUUGAAUGAACAUGAAGCAAUCCGAGAUUGUGUCAGUGUAUACUGUGAAUGGUUGAAAGCAUUAACCAUCCCUCAACCUACCUUACCCACACCACUCAGUAAAGAUCCUAACCCAUACAUACAGAAGAUCUUCCAGCAUCUUGUCAAUCUAUUCAAACCAAGACAACAAGGUAUGAGUGAUACCAACAAGCAAGCAGUGUUAUGCCAUCGUGUAUUACGCUCCAUUCAGUCGGUAGCCACAGAGAGUAUCGUCAUGACCAAACACACCUGGGAAGUUCUUCUAAGGUUCCUGCUCUCUAUCAACCACACUCUCCUCUCUCCUCCGCUAGAGUCAGGGAGUCUAGCAGAGCAGUUAUGUGAGCGUUUGCUAAGUGUUCUGUUUGAAGUAUGGCUGCUAGCCUGUGCUCGAUGCUUCCCGUCACCUACACUGUGGAGAACCUUCCGUGAGAUGUGUUGUACCUGGCGCCAUCAUCCUGCUACUGUAGCUCAAUGGAAUCGCAUCAAUAAAGUGCUCACUGCUCAGCUCAUUCAAGUCCUCUAUGGACCUAUAUUCCCACCACUCAAACUUGGUGAUGAUGAAGGUCGUAUCAUACCUCCAGAGCUUGAUAAUGAUGGCUUGGCUCAGGCUUGGUUCAGAUUCCUACACAUCCUAGGUAACCCUGUUGAUCUGUGCCAUCCAGAAAUCAUCGGCAGAACACCCAAGUUUGUUGCUUCUAUCAACCAAGGAAAGAAAUUCCCAGACCAGCAUUCCUGUCUACAAGCUUUGCCUGACAUUUUCCUCAAAGCCAUGAAAGGGUUAUCAGUACUUGUGGAUGCAUAUCUAGGUUAUCCUCCAGAUCGCCUUGGUCACAUCACCGACCCCUCUCAAGGAAUACCAUCACGUUCUCCUACCAUCCCAAGCGCUGCACCAUUCAAUGCUGCAUCCAAAGCAAAGGGCGUACCUUCAGCUGGAGGCAGGGGCACGUCUUCUACCAAUAGCGGUAUCCGAGGAGGAGUCAAGAGUAACAUCCUACACACCGGGAUGCUUCCUGGUCCUAGUCAUUCUGAGUGUAACAGUAUUCUUCAUCUGUUUGGAGCAUGGCUCUUUGAAGCAGCCCUUAUGGGAUGUAAGUUCCAUGGAGCGGCCACGCCCGCCCCUUUCCUCCCACGGAGGUCUGGCUCUCUUUUUGUGACCCCAUCAUCAUCUUCGUCAGCUGCUGCUGCAUCAGCUCUGAGUAAUACCGGUAGUUUCUCCAACACCAGCACCAUAAACUUCACUUCCUCUUCCACCACCACCGCUACCACUUCCACCAAUGCUUCUACUAACAGUCGUAUGAUGCGUCGAGCCCAGUCCAUACCUUCGUCUUCAGAUGCCCCUCAUGUCCGUGAAGGUCAUGAGCGUGAGGCCAUCUCCUCACCAGGUGCUCCUUCAGCUCUCCUGGUACCAGACCGUCUCAGCUCACCAGAGAGCUAUGAGGAAGGACGUGCAGAGGCUUGUGGGACGCUGUGUCGUAUCUUCACCAGUCGUAAGGCGGCAGAGAGCAUCCUGCCUAUGUACCUAUCUAGAUUCUAUCUCACACUCACCCAGGGACUAUCUACCAAUGCAAGACAGCCUGUGAGUGGUCUGGUGUUAUCUAACAUCCUCUACAACUCUCAUAACUUGCUACGUGUUGACCUGACAGGGGUCAAGGUCCUCAUACCGUACCUCCUCUCUGCUAUGGAUCUAGUUAUUCCGGAGACUGAUCUUCGUUUCAAAUCAUUAGUUCCUAAGAACGAGCUUCGUCGAGCCUCAAUCCAUCUCCUUCUAUCUAUGUUGUGUUUGCCUCAUCAUUUCAAAGAUCUCACCAUUCAGAGUAUCAUUCAGAAUGAUGCUGAUGAUUGCAAGCCUGAGAUGACAUUCAUGAGUCUGAAACCUCAGCUGGUUGAUCUUAUGAUCAGUGGAUUCCGGUGUGAAAGUAACCCUCAGAAUGCACAAAUGUUAUUAGGUGCUAUGUACAUGUGUAUCCUAGACUCUGCUAUGAGUGAGUCAGUGGAAGCUAAGACCAGCAAUUCAGAGACACCUUCAAGGAAAGAAUCUACAAGUAGUGUGAAUGACAGUGAAGAGACCGCAGAGAAUGCUCCACCAGGCAGUUCACUCAGUGGUAGCUUGUUUGCUUUAAUUGAUGCCGCGUUCCAGGAAACAUCAAAUACCCCCAUCACCACAGUAACAGAUACAGCAUGGGCCAUCUUUGUAAGAUGUUGUCAUCUCGUCUUUCAACAACUGAUGUCAACCUGGAGUAAGGAUUGUGGUGUUGCUAUGGCAGCAUUAGAACUACUCUCUGGGGUUGCUAGGAUACCCAUGAAAGUACAAGAUCCACUAGAAUGCAAGAGGAAUGUGAAGUGGAUUUGUGAUCAUAUCGCCAAGCAGUGCAAUCAACCAUCAGUAUAUCAUUCAAGAGAUCUUCAUUCCAUCAUCGUAGCUGCCUUCAACUGUCUCACUGUAUGGGUGGUAGAACAUAGCUAUCUGCUCAAGGAUAGAGAGACUCUUCAGAUUGUAUUGGAGGUAGUAGAGCUUGGUAUCUCAGGGACUAAAUCCCAACCUAAAGCUAGUAUCCCAGCUGUACUCAAACAAGCCAAGGAACUCAAACCAACCUCCACAAGGGUUAAGAAUGCUGCCCAGGGUGUGCUCUCAUGUAUCCUCAAUCAACUGGGUUCCUUCCCAGCCCCAUGUGGACCAUCUACAGUAGUCUCUCUCUUAGAUGAGACCUCCCUACUCAAGUACGUUGACCUUCCUAACCCUGAGGUCAAACCAACAUUCAAAUAUUUUGUGAUGGAUAACUCCAUCCUACUUGCCAUGCUAGAGGAGCCUCUCAAGUUUACCAAAGAGUUACUGCCAACAGUGACAGUUAUCAUCCGUGGUCCAACUGGUCGUCAUGUUUGGACCUUCCAGCUUCGUCAUUCAUCCAGAAAAGAUAAGGAAACAGCUGAAGCUCGUUUGAUCUACCCCGAGAGACCUCAACCUAAUGAUAGUAUGGGAACACACCAUGAGAUUACAUCCAAGUACUUUCCAGAUUCUAUCAACAAGAUUCCAAUCACCAAAGCGGACCAAAGCAUACCUAGCCUGGAUGAGAUUGAGACAGAGGAAUCUCAUGAAGAUCACGUAACCUUAGGUAAACUACUCCAAGAUCAGAUGGAAUAUGAGAAGCUUGUAAGUGAUACAGCGCAUGAAGAGACUGAGAGAGUUAGUUAUCCUAAUCCACAGACUGAAUCCAGACCACCUAAACCAUGUACAGAGUUCAGUCCAGCUAGACUGCUGUUAUCACAUCUAGGAUAUCUCAACAUAGAAAGCUUACAGGGCCCUGAGAAUUCAAGUCUUCCUCCAGCAUUGGUAGCUAUAGAUGAUACCCAAGCUGGUUUCACCCCUGACCUACUUCAUCUUGAUGAGAUACCAAGCAGAACCUUUGAUACAGCAUUCAUCUUCUAUGUGAAAACUGGACAGAAGAAAGCUGAAGACAUUCUCUUUAAUGUGAAAUCUAAGGACAAUGUACAAUAUCAGUUCCUUGAGUUUCUGCAAGCCCUUGGAUGGCCUGUUGUGAUUGGUCAGCAUGCUGGAUGGACAGGUCACAUGACUACAUCUUGGAAGAUACCAGACUUUGAUGCUAACACCAAGACUCAGAGCAAUGGUAAUGUAAAGGAAGAGUUGAGUCAUGGAGGGAGUCUGUACAGUGGGAAGAAACAAGUUCUUUACUUUGCUGACUUUUCAUCAGAGAUUGCCUUUGUUGUUCCAACCGAUGAUGAACCCAAAGUAGCUUCAAAUGAUGAUGCCACCCAGCUAUCGCCAGUCCCUGAAGAACCUAACCCUGCACAACCCCCAUCCUCAUCUACCCAACAAGGUGUUCAACCACGUCCUGCAGACCUAGAGGCUAGUGGAUCCAGUAGUAACAGCUCCUUAGCUGGAUCCUUAGCAGGCUCCUUGGAGCGGCCAUCAAGGAAGUUCUCCACUAAGGGAGUCAAUGCUACUCCUCCUGAACUCAAGGUCUUAGUUGUAUGGCUGGAGAACUUUGAAGAUCAUCAAACUUUCCCCCUUGCUGAUCUGCUCCACAAGACAAGUACAGGCUCUGAAAACCUGACAACCAGUAACAACUCAUUAAGCAAGACACCUGAACCCUCUAUCAUGAUCAUCUAUAUACACCUACUCAAGAGUGGACUCUUCCGUAUUCAUAUACAGAGCAGUUGUACACUAGCUAUCCCCUUGGUUGAUGGUAUGGUUGUGAGUAGGAGAACACUAGGGACGUUGGUCAGACAGACGGUAGUUAACACAUGCAAUAGGAAACGCCUGGAGAGUGAAAAGUACUCCCCUCCUCAUGUACGGAGACGUCAGAGAAUUCAAGAGAUGGUUCAGAAGUACCAACGAAAGCAGAGUGUUUCAGAGUUCUAUACCAGUCUAUUUACAUCUUGAAACCAAGAGCUCUGAACAUUACUUGAUGUGAUGGACUUCUAUGUUAGACAGGGAAGAUGAGAUUGUCUCCAUUACCGGUAGUUUCAGAUCGAUGCAUCCUCUACCAGUUUCUACAAAUCACAAAACCCAAGGGUUGGGCCAAGGGAUAGAUAGGUAUUAGUAUAUCUAUAACUAAGAUGAAUUUGUACUGGUCCGUUUCUGGUAGGAAAUGGCAGCUAGAAGGCUAGUUUCCAUUUCUUCCAUCAGAGCAGAGGAUAACUUGUUUUAUGUUGAUAGUGAAGAAGAUGGAACAUGGGGCUACCUGUAUAGCAAACCAUUAGUCAUUGAGGACUGUGACCGGUGUAGCACUGGUGAUCUAUACACUCUCUAGUCCUUGAUAGUAACCAAUGUUUAUGGCAUGAAUAUAUCUCUUUACUUAAUUUGUUGCAUUAAAACAUGUAUUCAGAAUCUUUAGCUAUUGUGAAUAUGUACUUAUGAUGACCGAGCUUAAGAACAAGGCAUCUGUAGUCUAUUUCAGUUGUAUGCAGUGCCAUCCUUGGCACAACGUGGGUUGGAGAUUGCCCUUACUCUCUCUCUCUCUCUCUCUCUCUCUCUCUCUCUCUCUCUCUCUCUCUCUCUCUCUCACUCACUAUCGUUUUCCACCUCCUAAUGAAUGAAGGCUAAUGUCAUGUUGAUCACAAUUUCUGAGCAAUUUUGUUUAAAGUGCUCCAGCUUCUCACACUCAAAGUAAGAACAUACAUAAGAUACCUUGCCUGGAGUGGGUGACCUUGACUGAUCUCUCAUCGCUCUUUGAUGAAGGACACCAGUCAUUCUGUUGUACAGAUUCAUGGAUUGAGACCCCUUGUUUUUCCACAAUCAAAUACGCCUAUUCCAUCUGUCAUUUCCCUCACCUGACAUCAACCUCGGACACUUCAUCCAUAAGCACCAGCUCUUUUACGCUAUGUCAAGGCCAUCCAUAAAUUGUUUGUUGAGUUUGCUGGUAUCAUUUAUAGUACUCCGUAGCCAACCUGAUAUUUGCUAAUCUCAUAAGAGUAUAUUGAUCAGCCUCUUGAUUAAGGCGUCUCUGGCAAAACUUUAAGCAACCCGUCUUUAUGAUUAAACUCUGGUGGCCACGACAAUUUACCUGCCCACCCAAUCCAUAAUACUUCCAUCUGCCUCUGCCUUGCCAAUGUGAAUUUCAUCUGGGAAGCUUCUAGCAAGUCCCUCAACCCAUAUCUUUUAUAUUAUUUUUGACCAAAUCAAAAUACUCCAGGUUCAGGUCUCUCUGUAUUGUACUCAGCGGUGGCUUCUAAGACACUUGAACACCAGUGGAGCAUUGAUCAUGCCUCUCUGUUUCAGAUCAUGUUUUUCAAUAUGUAAUAGUCUCUUACCUAUGCCAAACCAGAUGUCCAAUCAAAAUUGUAUUGUUGCGAACAGCAUGGCACUGAUAGAAUAACGCACAUGCACGGGCAGGUCUUCUUGUGAUGAAACUAUUAGUAAUUCUUUCAAGGGAAAGUAAUUCACAUCUUGGGCUAGCCUAUUUACAAUGUAUAUAUCAUCAUUUAAGUUACCGGUAUACACAUUUCAGAUAUGAUUAACAAUAGAGGCUUCUUUGUAUUGACAUUUACUUUUCCCAUUUGGUUUGAGGGAUUAUAACAAUUCUUGUUUGCUGCUGAGGACAUAAAAUAUUUUUGUAGAGAUAUUUUCAAACAAAACGAUGGUAAGUUUGUAGAAUUUGAUCCUUCACCAGGCUUAGCUUUGCAUGAUAUAUUUCUGUACAAUGUUAAAGCAUAUUUCCUAAAUUUCUGACUGAAGAAGCCCAGCUAUUUACCCGAGAUAUUAUGUUCAGUGGAUUAAAAUGAGUAAGUCCAAAUAGAAGUUUCAUUGAAGGGACCUCCCUUUCAGUUGACAAAACUGCACAUCUUAGGAGGCAGUAAUCUUGCCGACUAUGGUUUAGUCUUCUUUUUGUUUGUCAUUCUUUAUGAGAAUUUUGGUAGACAAGACUGUUUGAAACUUUCUGCCUUGAGAUGGGAAAGAUGGAGUGAAUCAAGUUCACUGUUGGUGAAAAUUAGUCUAAAGUGUAUAUGCUAUGUCAUGUUAUAAUGUGCAAUCUAUAAUAAUGUUGUUUUGUAUCUCUGAGAGUGCAUGUAAUAAUACUAUUGUAUAGCUGUAAUAAAAUGUAUUAUCUAUUCACCUAAA